AUGCUGGUGGACGAUUCACGGCAGCCGAAGGAUCGAACGCACAAAUCCUUUAAGAUUAUGGACGUUACCUCUCAGGUGAUACACGACUAUCAUAAGUCUUCUCCCGUUGGUGAAAUUCAGCAUCCUCUACUCGAUCAGGGAUCUGCCACUCCACCGCACCAUGUGCGGGACCCAGGACAGCGUGAAGAAGAGGCCCGGGGUGACCUACCCAUAUUCAGCACGAGCGCCUCGCAGCCACUUGAUUCCGAUGAUUCCGAGCUUACUUCAGAAGACCUUUCGGAUGGUCGCGAACAUUCCAGGGGUUCGUCUCUGAACCAGUCAGCGGACAUGCCAAACAGGAGACUACCGGACCCUGAAGGUCCAACAGAACUGAGUCAGCCCACCGCCGGGGAUUUAGUGGAUAGCAAUCCGUGGCUACGGCAAGUGCUGCUCAAAUCGCCUGCCUUGCUUGCUCCUGGUCCCGACCUAGAUGCGAACACCUCCCCUCUGCUGCAACGCUUUCCUGAGUGUUGGGAUUCCACUGAUAUGAGUCACGAGGAUGGCGUCUUCCAGCCGGGUUCCGGCUAUCUCGAACUGCACUCCACCCUGAGGAACCAUCUCAUGCAAGAAGCGCGAUCCCGUUAUCCUUCUCGGCGAAACUCUACGGACAUCCCGGGUCCAGCUCGAAUGACUCUCGGGCACGACGGUUUCACUACGGUCCCGAUUCUACAGCUCAGAGACUACGAAGAUUAUAGCCAGAUCUCCAACGACCAAAUUCCCGUGGAUCUGCCCAAGGAUGUGGAAUAUGUUUUGUGGAAGAACUGGCUGGAAGAGAUUGCCCCGUGGCUGGACAAGUUUGACAGUCAACGCCAUUUUCAAUAUACCCUUCCCGUGAUGGCACAAUCCCACGACCACCUCCGGUACGCCAUGUUAGCCGUAUCUGCCCGCCAGCAAGAGCAGAAAGACAAGACAUUGCCCAUCGAGCGCAGUUUAAUGCUCUACCAUAAAGCCAUCCAGCUUCUCCUCCCACAGCUUCCAACGAGAUCCACCGCUGUGAUCGGGUCUUGCGUGGUCCUUUGUGUGCUGGAGAUGCUCAGCUGUGCCCCGAAGGCCUGGCGACGGCAUCUCGACGGAUGCGCGCACUUGAUGCAAGCAGUGGGUAUCAAUGGCUUCGUCGGAGGUGUCGAACAGGCACUCUUUUGGUGCUUUGCCCGGAUGGACGUAUGCGGCGGCUUGAUUUCCUCCAUCAAGACACUGAUCCCGGUCGACCAUUGGGCUUCCAGGAUUGACCUCAAUACUGACAUCGGACUCUUUCAGUCCAUAUCUGCAUUUGAAGCCAGCGCAAACCAAGCCGUCUACCUCUGUGCGCAGACCUUGGAUCUCCUAGCCCCAUCCCACUUGCUAGGACGAGGAGCGAGUGCCCGGUGCGACCCCUGCGACAUAGCCUACAUCGAACGAUGGUUUAAGCUGUGGCGUUGCAUGGAAGACUGGCAGGUCAGACGGCCAAAAGAGAUGAAACCGAUCGUCAACUUUCCCUGCACAGAGCCAUUCCCCACGAUUCUUUUCAGCAAUGCAGCGGCAAUAUCCGGAAAUCAGCUCUACCACACCGCGGCAAUAUUACUGUUGCAGUCCAAGCCGGCCAAUAUACGACUAGACCCGAAACCACGCUCGAUCCUGUGGCAUGCCCGCCAGAUCUGUGGCAUUUCCAUGAGCAAUGACCAUCAUGGUGCGUGGACCAACUCGAUCCAACCGCUGUGGAUUGCCGGCCAAUGGAUGAGCCACCCGAGCGAGCAUCAGGCAAUUCUGAGAUUACUUGAAAGAAUCGAACAAGAGUGUGGCUGGCCCACAAAGUGGCGGGCGAUCGAUCUUCAAGAGUUUUGGGGAGAUUUGUCGCAAUAA